AUGAACAUAUAUCCUCCCAGCUGUACGCUUCAUCUCUCGAACAUUCCACCAAACAUCUCCGAGGAGACGCUAACUGAAGCUUUCGAACAGAACGGUUUCCAAGUGAAGGCGUUCAAUAAGAGUGAGCUUUACAGAAAAGACCAUAAGAUGGCACUUUGCCAAUUGGAGGAUGUGGAGACGGCGAUUGAUGCACUCAUCGCCAUGCACAACCACAAACUCGCCGAGAAUGCUCACCUGCGGGUCUCAUUUUCCAAAUCCGGAAUCUAG